GGCGCUAAGGGAGAACCCCAGACCAGCUCUUGCACCCUGCCGGAGCUGAGCUGAGCCCGGCUGCGAGAAAGAUGUUCGAUAACACGCAGUAUCCUUACAACUGCUUCAACUACGACGGUGAUGAUUACCCCGCCUGCAGCUCGGACGACGAGAAGAAACUCAGCCGGCCAGCUUACAGCUACAUUGCCUUGAUUGCAAUGGCCAUCCAGCAAAGCCCUGCCAAUAAAGUGACGCUGUCUGGCAUUUAUGACUUUAUAAUGAAGAAAUUCCCUUACUACAGAUCAAACCAAAGAGCCUGGCAAAACUCCAUUAGGCAUAACCUAUCCCUUAACAGUUGUUUUGUAAAGGUCCCCAGGAUGGAAGGGAAUGAGAAAGGGAAGGGGAACUAUUGGACUUUCGCUUCAGGUUGUGAGUCCAUGCUGGAUCUUUUUGAAAAUGGAAACUACCGGAGGAGGCGUAGGAGGAGGAAUAUGAAAAAGGAACCUAAAGACCAGAAAUCAGGUGGGACUGUGGGGCCUUCAACCCUGGAGCUGCCCACUAUGGAUUCAUGUUCAGAGGGCAUCCACCUGAAUGAGGGAACAGCCAAGAAACAUGAAUUCAGAGCCCCUCACCUGGAUCCUUCUCCAUUCUUUCCAAAUGGCCUGUCCAAUCAGCAGAACCUGGGCAAUGCCUCUCUUGGAAAAUCUGACUCAGAAAUUAAAUUUAGCAUUGAUUACAUCCUCUCAUCGCCUGAUCCUUUGCCUGCCCUAAGAUCACCCUUCAAUACCCAAGAUAAUAAAUAUCAUCUACUGGAGCCUCAACAAAUUAACCUCCAGUUUUGGACAAUGUGAGAUGCUUAUAGAAUGGAGUAUAUUCUAGGACUGCUCUAUAACCACCAGCUGUUGUGCCUCUUUCCCUUGUCAUCUGCUGGAAGGGCACAAUCAAGCCAACCUUUUGUACAAAGCUGGGCUGUUCAAUCAAAACCAAGAGAUUUAUUUCAUGAUUUGUGCUUAAUGUGUAAUACAUCUCUUGGGGUUUGGGGGGACUUUUGAUCUCAUGAACAAUGCAAAUGUGAAAUUGGCUUUAUUCCUUAAAAGAUGCUCACCUGUGGAGGAACCUAUGCCAUGGAUCAAUUCAAUUCAGUCCAAUUCAACAAAAAAUGUGCCAGGCACUGUGUUAGGUACCAGGGUUACAAAGGCAUGACUCUGAUAGACAGGUUGGCCUACUGACACUGUUUUCCAGUAGGUCUUUUUAAAAAAACUCAAUUGGAACAACAUUUGAUUCCUUUAUUCUAAUUCUUAGCAUUGUUGCUUGUAAUUCUAGCCCUAACAAAAUCUCUUGAUAGUUAUUUAAGCAACUGGAUUAGAGAGUUAUGUACACUCUAAACAGUAAUGUAUGGUUUCAAUUUACCCCAUGAAAGUUAUAUCCUGAUACUAUUUACUUUGGUCAGCGUUGGUGAAUGAUGUGAUAAGACCUAGUAGAUAUGCCCUAACCUGUCUGCAAAUAGAAUGUUUUUCUGUGUUAUUGUAAUGACUUAGGAAAUCCCAUAAACUUGUUCUCUAUAAGGUGGAAGGAGAUAAAAGUGGGCUAGGAAUUUUAGACAUUGACAAAACACUGGAAUGGAGAUAUUUCUACCCCUUUGCUCAAAGUGGUAAAUUCAUAUGAAGUCAUUUAUCCCACCCGCUAUCAGUCACUAAAGUGGUACUGAAUCAAUGUACUUUGCAUUUUCGUGAAGUGGGUAAUCAGAGACCAGCACAAUUACAGAUAUCAGUAUUAGGAUAGUAUGCACCAUUUGAAAUCUAAAUUAUUUCAUUACUGUGUGAGAUGAGCAUUUAGAAAAAUACACAUGAAACUAUUUGACCACUCAGCAUUUUUUUAUCAAGCACAUUUUUAUAGAAUUAAUUUCUAUCUAUAACUUAAUCUUAAGGUUAACAUGGAUUACACUAGACAUGAUUUGCAAGGUGGCAACUAUAGGCUAGUCUCUCAAAUAGAAACAUGUAAAGAGAGCCUAAUCUUUUUGAGAAACAAUUUCAAAUCAAAUCCAGGCUUCAGGGAAAGGAACUCAAGGUAAAUGAAGGUAAGCAAAUUGACAAGGAUAAGGCAAAACCAUGUAAAAGAUAGGCUUACACAUAGCUUGAAUUUUGAGAUUGGAGGUCUGACAUUUCAUUAAGUUAUUCAUAUUGUAUAUAGACACUAGACAUACUCUUAAUAUUUUCAGAUGAGGAAAGAUCACCAGUGGCACUUAUAAAUAUUGUGAAAAUGCAUGAUCAUGUCUUUUUUUAUGUUCAAAAUUGUUAAUGAUGUUUCUACUGUACUGCCUUUCCAAUCCCCCAAUCCUCCCCAAACCCCACCCCCCCAACAUCCUGCUGACUUCUUUCUUAGAAAAUGAUAUGGAUUUUCAGAAAGCCCUUCACCUUAGCAAGAAUAAGUACUUCUCCACACUCCAUUGUUAAUUUCUUUCUGAAAAAAGCGGCAAAAACUAUGGACAUAUAUUUAGAAGAGGACCUACAAUAGCAAGAACACCACCACCACUAAAAGAAACAAACACACCCCCCCCUGCCCCAAACUCACCACCUUCCUUCCAAGUUCCCAAGAACAUUUUUCACUGACCAUGUGACAUUUUCACAUUGUCAGAAUGAUGAUGGGUGUAUGUGUAUGUGUGUCUUGUGAGGUUUUUUAUGUGUCUGCACUCCAAUGUACGUAUAACUAUAUUUAUAUCUGAGUUGCUGUCUUGCCAAAAACAUUAUUUUUAAUUAUGCUAUAUAUAAGCAGGAUGGUGACAAUGCAAUGUAGUCUGUAUUGGAAACGAGUAUAUAUGGAGUGUUUGGAAAUAUAUU